UUUUGAGCUGAACCGGGUUCAGGGCGAAAUACAUUUUUGGGAUUUUAUAGUGGCAUUUUAUGGUAGAGUGAAUAACUUGAAAUUUAUUUAAGUAUGUAUGUGAUGAAAAUGACUUUUUUGCCCUUGAUAAAGUAUAUGUCAUAUAUAGGUUCUAUGAGCAUUUUGGUCUUUUGACCCAUUAGUUAAUUAUUAUCUAAAAGGGAAUUUUUACAAAAUGAGAAAUUCAUUUUUCUGGUUUGUUUAGCCCUAGCCAAACCCCUUUUUCUCUUCCUAGUUAAUCAUUUUUAAUUUUUGCUUUAAUCUUGAAAUCUUACUUGGAAUGGAGUUAAUUGUUGGUGAUGGAAGCGUGUGGGUGAUGGAAGCUUGUGGGUGAUGGUAAGCUUCAAACUUUGCUACUCUUGAGUUUAAUUCUGAGUUUUGUUGCUGAAAUUGAUGAUCAUAAAAUCAUGUCUUUGGGUAUUGAGUGUUCUUGGAUGCUUGUGAAGUGGAUUGGAGUUUAUAAAUGAUUAUUUUGUUGUUUGAACGUGUUUAAUUGUGGGCUAUGCAUCUUUAUUUAUUAGUGAGUUUUUAUGGUUGUUUUCAGAAGUAGAAAGUCUGAUCUUUUUAGCCCUAUUUAUUAUUGUUUGGAUGAGUAAAGCUUGUUGUGAUAUUCAAGCUCUUGAUUAUGUGGUCGAGUUGAAUUUUGCUCAAGUGUUGAGUUUGUUUGGAUUAUUGUUAAUCUGAUUAUAGAAUGCUUAUUUUGUUGAAGAUUUAGACCCGAUUGAGUUAUUAUUAUUGUUUAAUUGUGUGGAUGAGCAAGUUUGAGUUCAUGAACUCAAAGCUUGCUCAACAAUGGCACUUUUUGAUUAUUGGUGCAAUUAUUGUGUUUGAGCUGUAAAAUAGGUUUAAUAUGUUAUAUGUUGAUGCUCUGGAAUGUUUUGUGGUGAUUGGGAUAGAUUUGAUUUUGUUAUGGAGGCUUAAAAGUUGAGAUUUUUCAUGUUUUUGUGCCUAGAAAAAUGGAAUUCCAGUUGUUUCAGGGCUGUUCCAACCAGAAUUCCAAUUGGAAUGUAUCGGGGAAGGCUGAAUUUUGUUUCGGCCAUAACUUUUGACUCAGAAAUCCGUUUUUGACGUUAUUUAUAUCGCUAGGAAGCUCAUUUCGAGCUCUAUAUGUUUAUCUAUAUUUUGAAUGCCAAUUUUAUAUUAUGUGAAAGUGGAUUUAGGGAUUAACCCUAUACUUGUGAAUCCCGGAAAUUGUGACUAGGAUUAUCGACACCUAGCCAGGAGCACUCGGGGGUUUGGAAUCUCCACGUUUGCGGGACAUCAGGAGAGACACUAGUUGCACGUAGAGAUAUGCGCGGUGAAACUUAUAUUGAAUAUUAUAUUUAUGAUAAAUUAUAAAACCGAGAUUAGGGUUAUUACCCUAAAGUGAAGGAUUUAAUGCCAUAGGGUUAUUACCCUAGUAAUUAUUAAUGUGUACACUACUACAAUGUUAGCCUUUAGAGGCAGUUUUUUCAACCCCAUUUAUAAAAAGGGAAGCUAAAGGGUGUGAAAAUACCCGCUAUGUUCGAAAUUGACAUUUAGAGGCGGUUUUUUGAUAAAAACCGUAGGUAUAAAAUUGCAUUAUACCAUUUAGAGGCGGUUGGAAAUUAAUUAUUUUUUUUUCUGAACGACCCUAUGGCGUCGGUUCCUCCAUAGGAACCGACGGCAUAGGGUACACGGUUUGCUGACACGUGUACCCUAUGCCGUCGGUUCCUAUGAAGGAAGCGACGCCAUAGGGUCGACCCUUGUAUAUAGGGUUCGAUCAUCUUCUUCCUCCCCACUUCACUCAGCCAACCCAGCAAAAAACCAGAGAGCCUUUUCCCAGCAGAAACCCUCGUCGAACCCACCUCCUCCCCACCAUAUCUCCCCCAUUUCUCAACCAUUUGAGCCCAUUUUUUUUUUAAAAUCCUCCAUUUUCGAUACUUAAUAACAUACACCUAAAAAGUUUUGAUUUUUUACCCUCUUUGAGUGUCAUCCGAACCCAAAUAGUAAAGUUUGGGUUUGAAAUCCGGCCACCCAUUUUUCUUGAGAAAUCCUUGAAUCUCAACCUCGUUUAAGGUAUAAAUAUUGCUUCUAUUCUUUUUGUAUUAUGUACAUUGUUUUAUUUUUUGUUUUUGUAAAUUAUUAUUUGAGUUUUUUUUUUAUUUUAUUAGUUAUAUUAUUGUGUUUUAUGUGUAUAGUGCCAGGAUUUUUUACGGUGGUCGUCGGAUUGCGGUUAUUAGGUAAUAAUUUAUACCUCAAUGUAUAGUAUAUAUAUGUAUUUGUAUAUUUUAUUGAAUAUUUGUAUAUAAUGUGUGUAUAUAGUGUGUGUAUAUUUUUUUAUGGAAAUAAAUUUUGUAAUUGUAUUUUAUAUAUUUUUUGUAAUAUAUAUUUAUUGUGAAUAGAAUGACAUUGGAGGGAUUUCAUUAGUUUAGAAAUAAAAAUUUCAAAAUUGAAUUAGUGUGUGAUAUAAUUUUAUUUUUUUGAGAUAAUAGUGUGAGAUAUAAUUGAUUAUAUAUAUGUAUGUAUAAUUUAGUAACUAAGUAACUUGUUACAUUUUUUUAUAACUAGUUAUAAGUAAUGAAAUAAUUAAUUUUGUAAUUUCGUUGUAUUUCUUUAUAUUGUAGGGGUUCGACAUAAUUUUGUGUGUAGCGUAUUUGGGCUUGCAAUUAUAGGUAUAUACUUUAACUAACAUUUUCUUAUUAUAUAAUUAAUUAUCAAUGCAUGUUAGUUGAGUUUGAAUAUCUUAAAUAUUCAUCCGUAGUGAAGUAGGUUCUGCGAAUACAUGUACUGCGGUCGGAUGGGUGGAUAAAUUUUGUAUUGUCUAUCUGUUUUGUUUGUUAUUUUAGGAACUUGUAAAAUUUUUGCAAAUGUCCAAUUACAGCCGUUAUGCUGCCGAAAUUUCGGUAGAAUUAGGAUAAAUUUUACUAAAACCAUUCAUAAUAUUUACAUAAUACAAAUAACUAGUUAAUUAUAACAUAGUGAUAAGAAGUUAGGUCACAUAAAAAAUAAUAAUAUUCACAUUUAUGUAAACUUUUUAAUUUUACCAACAUUCUAAUCAACUGAACAACCUAAUAACAUGAACUAAUCUAAAACGAAAAUUUGAGUAAUUUAUAAAUAAAUAUGAAUAAAUUGUGUGAGAAACUUAGUUAGUUACAUUGUGUAAUUAGUAACUAGCUAUAAUAUUUCAUAUACACUACUUGUUAUAUAUAUAGCUAACUUUAAAGUUUGUUUGUUAAUGGUGUAGACAUGGCGAACUCGGAAUCAAGAUCUGAUUCGGGCGCAGAAAAUGAGUGUCCAACCACAAUACCUACACGAGGGCCGACGCAAAUGAAUGAAAUAUCUAAACUAAUGGAUCAGGGCAAAAGAGUGGCCCUCGAGGUUAAUGACAAAGGUCAAUACUGUGGAAAAAGCUAUGCGAAGCUCGUAUCCACUCUAGGAGUCAGAUGUCGGCAGACAAUAGGAUUGGCCUAUAAAAACUGGAAAGAAGUCAACCCGACUCUGAAAAAUAAAGUUUGGAAAGACAUACAGGUAAGCUUUUAUUUGUUAGAAUUUUGAUUUGUUUUUCUAUUACUUCAAAUGUUGACUCUAACUGUGUUUGUUUUCCUUCAAAAUAGAUGGGGUUCAUUGUGCCGGACUCCUUCAAACAUGAUUGUCUCAUCCUAGCUGGGAAGUUAAUGAAAGACUUCAAGAGUAGGAUGACAAAAGACAUCAUAAUGCUCGCGUUGAAAGAGAAUGAUCUGGGACGACUGGCACAAGUCCCUGAAAAGCACCCCGAGAUCGACGCUGCUGAUUGGUGCAAAUUUGUUGAAAGUCGACUAACUCCUGAAUUUCUGGAAUUGAGUAAGGUGCAACGUGAACGUUCCUCAAAAAUUCAAUCCAGACAUCGAAGUGGUCGGAGUGGAAUGGUGAACGUACGGGAAGCUGUGAAAAAGGACCUCGAAGUUGCAGAUCCCCCCCGCCACCGUGUUUGGAUUAAAUCUCGCACCAAGAGUAGAAAACUUGUCACUGAUUACGACAAGGAAAUUGCAAAGAAGAUAGUAAGUAUAUAUUAAUCCUUAAUUGAGUUCUACUCAUGAGUUAAUGUAUAUAAUUCAUAUACUAAUUGCUUGAAUAUAUGCGUGCAUUAGGCUUAAUUAGAGGAGAAGCUUAGUCAGGGACAAAUUCAGGUCCAGGGCCAAAACGUUAUCCUGACGCAGGCGCUCGGGACACCAGAGCAUCCUGGACGUGCCAGGGCUGCUGGGUAUGCUAUUACUUCAAAUGUUAUUUAUUUAGUUACACAA